CUUUAUAGAUCAGCUUUGGUUGGGGAACACAGCUGAGCUGCUGCAAAUCGGUGGUGUAGGAGCAGACUAGAAGGGCGAAGUGUGAAACCUGCAGCUGUUGGGAGUGCAGGACAAUCAUGGGGGAACCCGAACACCGGCCGCUGUAGUGGGGUCGAUCAAGCCGGUCCAGAACCGGAGCCAGGCGCAGGAAACUGAGACGGCGGAGGGCCCUCCCUGCUGGAAGAAAUGUGGCUAAAACCGGAGGAAGUUCUCCUGAAAAACGCUCUGAAACUCUGGGUGACCGAGAGAAGCAACGACUUCUUCCUCUUGCAGAGGAGGAGAGGCCACGGAGAGCCAACAGGCAGGAUCACAGGUCUCCUGGUAGGAGCGCUGGACACAGUGCUGGACUCCAACGCCAGGGUCACACCCUUUCGCAUCCUCCUCCAGGUUCCUGGCUCCCAGGUCAACUGGGUAAUCGCCAGCGGAGCUGCCAUCGAGGAGGUGAAUAAGCACUGGGACUGGCUGGUGCACAACCUGCUUCACUCUCUGUCUGUGUUUGAGAACAAGGAGGAUGCUGCCAGCUUCGUCAAAGGAAAAGUCAAGGGUCUUAUUGCAGAGGAGGUACGGGGGCGUCAGGCCGCCCAGGAGGAGGACCCAGAGAAGUUCAGGGAGGUGCUGUUGAAGUUUGAGCUGCGCUUUGGUCUCCCGUCGUCCGAGAAGCUGGUGACGUGCUACUCCUGUUGCUGCUGGAAGGGCCGGGUGCCUCGGCAGGGCUUCCUCUACCUCAGCAUCAACCACAUGGCCUUCUACUCCUUCCUGCUGGGAAAGGAAGUUAAGUUUGUGAUUCCUUGGGCAGAGGUGACGCGGUUGGAGCGGGUCUCCACUGGUCUGAUGACGGAGGCCAUCAGGGUCAACACACGGCGGCGUCAAAGGGAGUUCUCCAUGUUCUUGAACCUGGACGAGGCGUUCGGGGUCAUAUGUCAGCUGGCUGACAUCGCCCUCAGGCGGCUGCUGGAUAGUGAAGGCCUGGAGCUGGACCGAGUCCUUCAGCAGCCAACGCGCAUCACCAAGAGGAUGCUAGAGGAGCAGGCCAUAAGGGAGUAUGUCCUGGCUCUGUUCCGGCUCCCCCGCGGUGAAAGACUCCAUGAGGUGGCUUCCUGUUCGGUGUGGACGCCGCAUGCCCGCUGCCACACGGCCGGAACCCUCUACACCACCGACAGCUACCUGUGCUUCUCCAGCCGAGAUGAAGGCAGCUGCACCCUCCUCGUUCCCCUCUCAGAGGUGUUGUCCAUAGAAAAAGCGGAGAGCACCAGCGCGCUUCCCAACCCCGUCAUAGUGAGUGUUCGGACUAAGAAGGCGUUCCAGCUGAUCGAGCUGCAGGACAGAGACGAGCUGGUGGAGUGUCUGAACUCCAGACUCAGAGCUCUGCAGUGGAAACACUCCAUGUUCCACAGCAGAAAGGACGGCAAGAGGAGCAUGAGCUCCCCAACACCCUACUACACCUUCUACUACGACACCGGCUAUUCUGAUGAGGAAGAGGUCGAGGAGCAGGUUUUACGCAACACUGUCAACAGCGAGGCUCUGAUGACGGCCUUCCACCAAGACCAAACAGGAACCGACAGCGACAAGAGCAUGGAGCGGGUCAAGGAGCGGCUGUGGGAGGGGCAUUUCUCCGAGUUCGGCCGUGGUGUGCACAUGUUUCGCACAGAGAAGAUCCAAAGACUUGUUGCCAUGGGGAUCCCCGAGUCACUGCGAGGGGAGCUGUGGAUGACACUUUCUGAUGCGUCCUCAGAGCUCGAGUGUCAUCAGGGCUACUACAGCAGCCUGGUACAGAAGUCAAUGGGCCAGAACAACCUGGCCACAGAGGAGAUUGAGCGGGAUCUUCACCGUUCUCUUCCAGAUCAUCCCGCUUUCCAGAACCCCACCGGCAUUGCAGCGCUCAGGCGGGUCCUCACUGCCUACGCCCAUCGCAACCCAAAGAUCGGAUACUGUCAGUCCAUGAACAUCCUGGCGUCGGUGCUGCUGCUCUAUGCUAAAGAAGAAGAUGCGUUCUGGCUGCUGGUGGCUGUUUGUGAGAGGAUGCUGCCUGACUACUUCAACCGCAGGGUCAUAGGAGCUCAGGUGGACCAGUCUGUGUUUGAGGAGCUGAUCAGGGAGCGUUUGCCAGAACUGGCUGAACAUGUUCCAGACGUCUCGUCCCUCUCCUCUGUGUCCCUCUCAUGGUUCCUCACCCUCUUCCUCAGCGUCCUGCCUUUCCACAGCGCUGUCUGUGUGGUCGACUGCUUCUUCUUCCAUGGAAUCAAAGCCAUCUUCCAGCUGGGUUUGGCUGUGCUGGAGGCCAACACUGCACAGCUCUUAGCCAGCACUGAUGACGGACAGGCACUCAUGAUUCUCACAAGUUUUCUGGACCAGGUUGGAGGUGAGGAGCCGUUUUGCACGCCGUCCUCCCCUCCUGCUGCAGAGGAGACCAGCAGGAGCGACACUGAUGGUCCCAGGGUGGGACACACAAACAUCACUGACCUCAUUAAUGACUCCUACGAAAAGUUCGGAGACCUGACGGUGCGGCAGAUCGAGAGGCUUCGCUGUCGACAUAGGAUCCAGGUGCUGCAGGCUCAUGAAGACACGACCAAAGAAAACACUUUGAGAUUGGUGACUCCAGAUGUUUCCAUCUCUCCAGAGAACAUGGCUGAUGUCUAUGACCUCUUCAAGACCGAGCACUUCAUCAGUCUGUACUGGGGCGACAGCAGCUCUGCGGCAGCAGCGGAGGCGGCAUCGUGGCAUUACAGAGGCUUUGGUCACACCUAUCGGCGGGCCCGGCCACAGUUCAAGAGCCUGUAUGGGCUGCUGGUGCCGUGGCCCGGUGGCUCAAACCAGAACACUGACACGGUGGCCAACCGCACCUUCACUCUGCUGGACCAAGACGGCGACAACCUGGUCACCUUUAGAGAGUUUGCUGGCUGGCUGGACACUUUGUACUGUGAAGAGCUGAAUGAGAAGAUAAGGCUGCUGUAUCGCCUUCACAUCCCACCAGCUCUGACAGAGAGUGAGGACGACCCCUCUGUGAAGAGCCCCCUGCUGUCCACAAACAGACCCCUCUGUGUUGACCUCUCUCCUGGUGUUGAAAGUGAAGUGAAAGACUACCAGAAGCAGCUGAAGCAGAUGCUGCAGGAUUUGGCCAAAGAGAAGGAGAAAGAUCUAGAGAAGCCUCUGCCACUCAUGAACCAGCGGGAGUUCAUCCAGUUCUGUAAAACGCUCUACAGCAUGUUCCACAGCGACCCGGAGGAGAACGACCUCUUCCAGGCCAUCGCUACGGUUACCAGUCUGGUGCUGCAGAUCGGCGAGGCUGGCCACAGUGGACACAGCUCGGGGUCAGACAUCACCGGCCAGGAGGAGGUGAAGGGAGCGCAGCCCACAAAGGUAGCUAUUGAAGAUGCCGGGGCCGGUGCCAGCAGGGGAGACAGGGGUGCGAUGGCAGAGGAGUGGACAGUCAGCUAUGCUCAGAUCCUGGCGUCACUCCUGACUGAACAGGCGCUGGUGAACUUUUUCGAGAAGCCAGUGGAUCUGUCUUCAAAGAUUGCAGCGGCCAGAGAGAAGCAGUAUCACCAGCGUGCAGGUUUGCUCACACUGCAGCACAGGACCAGCUGACUCCAAUGUGAUCAGUGGACUCUGAGCCUCAACACAGGCCAAAUUUCUUAUGAGGAAAACCACAAUAUUAGUCUGACUUGACUGUGACAUGGAGCAUCAGCUUCAGGCUCAGUAGCUUAAACUUACAUGACAUUUACUCUUUGUAUAGUGCGACUUUGACUCCCUGAUCUGUAGCUGCAGCUAACAGAAGUGUUUUUCCACAACAUUUUGAGCCACAAAGACAGUUUUCAAACUCUGAUUCUCAGCAGCCAUGUACUGGUCAACCCACAGACAAUAUUAGUAAGAUAAAAAAUGUGCUCAGUUUGUCCGAUGGGCCUGCAGUUAAACUGUGCUCUGGACCAAUAAUCAGUCACCGCUUUCUGUGUUUAAGUUGUAGCUACUUCAGUAAAGUUUAGUAAAUGAUGUACUAGUGCAUUACAAAUCAGUUAUAAGCCAUUAAUUUGCUCUGUGGUGAGCCAGGUCAUAGUCAAGUUAAUAAUAGCAGGUGUAUCAUAAUCUAACCAGCCAUUUUUAUAUUAAGCCAGUGGCCAAAGUUAGUAAGCAAUCUGUAAUUGAAAAUGUAAAUAAUCAAUAAUAAAGGGCUUUU